AAAGCGAUUCGGCCAUGUUUUCGAACUAAAGAUAUAAUGGAAAACUACGGGAAUCUGAUGGCGUUCAAAAGUUUAUACAGGCAGGUUCGUUUUUAAAGGUGAUUCCUAUUGACUCAAAACCACCGAUAGAGGAAUAUAUACUUGCAAACCUCCUCCCCUCCUUGCAGCCAGAGGCCUGUGAUACCAACAUGGGCAGAAGCAGCAUGUGCAGAUGCAGCAGAAGAAGCAGCAUGUGCAGAUGCAGCAGCAGCAGCAGCAGUUCUACUACCAGCAGGAAGCUAAUGGCUUUGGCCUUCACAGUUCUUGCUAUGUUAUCACCCCUUUACAUUGACCGGAAACCUGCAAUCAGGCUGGAAGAUGAAGAAAGCAGCCCAAGGUGGUUGAUGCCCUUCCUCCUCAUGGGAUUAAUCAUGGCAAUCAGCUUCACACGCUCUCUUGACAGGAGAUUUGCCAAGUUCGACCCAUAUUGGAUACACAGGAUUGGAGGUUCUUCAUGUGGAAUCAUCUCGCUCCUGGUAAUGCUUGCUUUGGUCCUCAAGUGCAAGACUUCUUUAAGUAACUGAGGAACUGCAUGUAUUUUCAGUUCAACACAAAAGAAAGCUGAUGCAAUUUACCGCUCAACCAUGUCACUCUCCGGAGUCUUUGGUUGUACCCUUGAACGUCGAUGGUAUUGUGCAAAGUAUGGAAAUGUACAAAAGAAAAACAUACAAAGUUAGGUGUCAUAAUUUGUAUCAAGUCAUUACCUUGUAUGAUGACAAUCCUUUGCCGAGUUCCAAGAAGUAGAAAAGUCUCAGGUUUCAUUCAUCAUCUAAAAUGAAACCUCAUCGGUUGCUGUCCAGGCAGGUUAAGAAGCUUAGGUUUGCACGACAGCCAUAGCAUUUGACAUUCACAGACUAAAACGUAAUUCGUGUAUUCAUUGAUGAAAUAAGAGUAUAUGGACUUUAUGUA